AUGAGCAGCAAGACCCUACUCACACUCCAGGAACUGGCUGGUGAGAGACUGUUGAGAGAGGAGGCCUUGGCCAACAUUGCUUUGAAGAACUUACCCAUAGUAUUGUUGCCACAACUGUUGAAGCAGGCCUAUGAUGGUAAUCAUGUUAAUGUACUGAGGACAAUAGUGUCUUCCUGGCCCUUCCCCCGACUCCCUCUGGGAGCUCUGAAGAGAACAAGCUACUCAGAGACCCAAGUACAAGUUGUCCUAGAGGAGAUUGAUAAGCUGCUUAUCCAGGAGGUUCACCCCAGGGAGUACAAUCUGGAAGUGCUGGAUUUACGGUCUGUGGGUCAGAACUAUUUGCAUGUGUGGUCUAGGUCCGUGGAUAACUGGUUAUCACAGACCUCAAGUAAGACUCGAGCAGUGGCAGGCCAUUCGAAGGCGGGAGUGAAGCAGCCCUUGAAGGUGGUAGUGGACUUGUUUUUCAUAGAAGGACCUCUUAGCCAGUUCUUAGGGCGCCUCCUUGAAUGGAGUGAUAAGAGGAAAGGGUUGUUACAGCUGUACUGUAAUGAGCUUCAGAUUUGGUCAGCAUCCUAUUUUAACCACAAGAAGCUCUCAGAAAAGGUGAACCUGGAAUAUGUAGAAACACUGGGCCUGUUCGUGAAGACCCCCUUGGAUGACCUGGAUGUGACUCACUGUACACUCUCAGUAUCAGAAUGGGAAAGUCUUUCUGAGUUCCCAUGUGUCAGUCAAUUGCAACAACUGAAUUUGCAAAAUGUCAUAUUGACUGAUCUAAGUUCCGAACCCCUCCGAGUUCUAUUAGUAAAAGCUGGACCCACCCUGGUGACCCUGGACUUAGAGGACUGUCAAAUUGAGGAUCAAUAACUCUAUGACAUCCUACCUGCCCUGAGCAGCUGUCUUCAGCUCACCAAGUUCAGCUUCUAUGGGAAUCAAAUCUCCUUGCAUGCCCUGAGGCACCUACUAGACCAUACUGCCAGCUUGAGAAAGCUAAGGAUGGAGCUGUACCCUGUUCCUCAGGAGAGCUAUGACUACAAUGGUACUCCAGUGGAACUCAUGAGAGAACAUUGUGAGGAGCUUAUGGAUAGUCUGAAAGCCAUUAGGGAGCCAGGGAAGGUCUUCUUUGGCACUGAACGCUGCGACUCUUGUGACAAUCGGUAUAUCUACAACAAAACAACAUUGUGUGAAUGUCAGAGUUUUUACUAG